AAUAAACCAGAGAGAGCGGACUUUUAAGGACAGUCUUACACAGACAGAGCAUAGAAAUCCUUCCUGUCGUUUUCACCCAGUUUGUCUUUACCAAUAUUUUGAGGCUUCGGUCUGCUCUUCCACCAGCCCAGCGUGACCCGCCUGCAGAGCAAGCUGCUAGCAACACACCGCUUGUUUCAGGCUGCUCUCGGCCCCGGGAAACUGACUAAUAGAGGAAGCCCCGUUUCUCUUGACCCGCGGCGCGAGUUUGGAGGGGACCCCACCUCGGGAGCUGCCUACUGGUCGACCGCGGUUGCAGUCAGGAUUGCAGAUUUGCAGUCAAUACUGGCGUCGUUGACUUUAGACCACAAACCCAGACCCAAGGCUUCCUAACCGGGGCGAGGAUCGGUGUCGCAGCUUCUGUCAGUAGCGAGAAGCGUCCUUGAGCAGGGAGGGUUGCGUAUUGCUUCUUUAUCAAUUGCCGAAAGCAGUAGCAUAUCGCCACCCUGGGGAAUGGAAACCGAUAGAAAUCCUUGGCAGAUGCCCGUUGACAACAGGAGUCAAGGUUCAUCUUUCUGAUGGAUGAAGAAGCUGAAAAGUGCUAAGGUCGUCUGCUAGAAAGACCCAAGCUCCCUCCAACCAGACGCACUGUUCACCUUGAAGAGUUGGAGAUGAGGAGCAGAAGCAAUUCUGGAGUCCGUUUGGAUGGCUAUGCUCGGCUGGUUCAACAGACCAUUUUGAGUCUUCAGAACCCAGUUACAGGAUUGCUGUCUGCCAGCACAGAGCAAAAGGAUGCUUGGGUCCGAGACAACAUCUAUAGCAUUUUGGCUGUGUGGGGCUUGGGAAUGGCCUAUAGGAAGAAUGCAGACCGGGAUGAAGAUAAAGCCAAAGCUUAUGAACUAGAACAAAACGUUGUAAAACUGAUGAGGGGACUUCUGCAAUGCAUGAUGAGACAGGUAGACAAGGUUGAGAAGUUCAAGCACACACAGAGUACCCAAGACUGCCUGCAUGCCAAAUAUAACACUGCCACCUGUGGUACUGUGGUGGCCGAUAAUGAAUGGGGGCAUCUGCAAGUAGAUGCAACUUCACUUUAUCUUCUCUUCCUGGCUCAGAUGACAGCCUCUGGACUGCGUAUUGUGUUCACUCUUGAUGAAGUUUCAUUUAUACAGAACCUUGUGUUUUACAUAGAGGCUGCAUACAAAGUUGCUGAUUAUGGCAUGUGGGAACGUGGUGAUAAAACCAAUCAGGGCAUUCCUGAACUAAAUGCAAGUUCCGUAGGAAUGGCUAAAGCUGCAUUGGAAGCAAUUGACGAAUUGGAUCUUUUUGGAGCUGGAGGAGGAAACAAGUCAGUAAUUCAUGUUCUUCCAGAUGAAGUUGAACAUUGUCAGUCUAUUCUAUACUCCAUGUUGCCGAGGGCAUCCACAUCAAAAGAGAUCGAUGCCGGUUUGUUGUCCAUCAUUUCUUAUCCAGCCUUUGCUGUAGAGGACAUGAACAUUGUUAAUGCAACUAAAAAUGAAAUUAUCACCAAGCUCCAGGGGCGAUAUGGCUGCUGUCGAUUUCUUCGAGAUGGUUAUAAAACUCCAAGAGAGGAUCCAAGUCGAUUACACUACGAUCCCGCUGAGCUCAAAUUGUUUGAGAACAUAGAAUGCGAGUGGCCUGUAUUCUGGACAUAUUUCCUCAUUGACGGUGUGUUUAAUGGUGACAGAAUUCAGGUACAAGAGUACAGAGAAGCCUUGGAGGGAAUACUAAUAAGAAGGAAAAAUGGGAUUCUCCUGAUGCCAGAACUGUAUGCUGUUCCUCUAGAUAAGGUGAAUGAAGAGUAUGAGAACCCUCACACAGUGGACCGUGUUCCAACUGGGAAGCUACCUCAUCUCUGGGGCCAAUCAUUGUACAUCCUCAGUGCCCUCUUGGCAGAGGGUUUUCUGGCUGUUGGAGAAAUUGAUCCUUUAAAUAGGAGGUUUUCAACUGCUUUUAAACCUGAUGUUGUUGUUCAAGUAACUGUCCUCGCAGAAUCCAAUGAAAUUAAGAAACUGUUGAGACAUCAUGGACUCAAUGUUCAGAGUAUCGCUGACAUUAAUCCGGUCAGGGUGCAUCCAGCACGGAUCCUGAGCCACCUGUAUGCCAAGCUUGGCCAUAAUAAACACAUGAAAUUGAGUGGGAGACCUUACCGACAUAUUGGUGUCCUGGGAACAUCCAAGCUUUAUGUUAUAAGAAAUCAAAUAUUUGCUUUUACUCCUCAGUUUACAGAUCAGCAUCACUUCUAUUUGGCUUUAGACAAUCGGAUGGUUGUGGAGAUGCUUCGAACAGAACUGGCUUAUCUUACCUCCUGUUGGAGAAUGACUGGGAGACCAACUCUUACGUUUCCAAUUACCAACACAAUGCUCAUUAAUGAUGGAUCUGACAUUGAUCCAGCAAUUCUUGCCACCGUACGAAAACUUGGGGAUGGAUACUUUGGAGGAGCUAGGGUGAAGUUGGGUAAACUUUCAGAUUUUCUUACUACUUCGUUCUAUACAAACCUAAGCUUCCUGGACCCAGAUUGUGAUACAAAACUGUUUGAUGAUUUGAAUGAAGGCUAUUCUAGUCCUGAAAGUGGCUAUGAACUAGAAGAUUAUACAGACUUUGGUGACAAAGAAAGCCAGGACGAACUGGAUCAGUAUAUACACAGUAUGUCACAGAGUACAGCUCUUAAAUCCUAUCUGCCUCCAAUCUCAAAAACCUCCAGUUCACCCCAUGUAUUUAGUGCUGCUCAUUCCACCAGAGAAAUACUAUCAAUCAUGGCCAAGGCAAAAGGCUUGGAGCUUCCAAGUGUUUCAAUGUCUUUGCCUACAAAGGUUUUAAACACACACCGGAAAUCAUUGAACCUUGUUGACUCCCCGAAUCCAGUGAUGGACAAACAGGAGCCGGAGGAGGUUCUUCACUUGCCCAAAGAUGAUCAUGGUGAUUUGGAUUGUGAGAAGUUAGUUGGGCAGCUCAAGGAAUGUCCAAGUUUACAUGACCAGGCAGACAUACUAUACAUCUUGUAUCUAAUAAAAGGCCUUGACUGGGAAACACGGCUCUAUGGCCAAUGUGGAAUCACUGUUCAUUGUCUUCUGAGUGAGCUCUACAGCAAAGCAGGCCUGAAUCAAGAAUGGGGCUUGAUCCGCUACAUCUCUGGCAUACUCAGGAAACGGGUGGAGGUCUUGGCUGAGGCGUGCACAGACCUUUUGUCACACCAGAAGCAACUUACAGUGGGUCUGCCCCCUGAGCCACGUGAAAAAACAAUCACAGCUCCUUUGCCACCUGAACAGCUUACUCAGCUUAUCUAUGAAGCCAGCGGAGAAGACAUUAGCAUUGCUGUUCUUACUCAGGAAAUAAUGGUGUAUUUGGCCAUGUAUGUCCGAUCACAGCCCAGUCUCUUUGCAGAGAUGCUCAGACUUCGUAUUGGUCUCAUCAUUCAAGUGAUGGCCACAGAACUGGCUCGCAGUUUGAAUUGUUCUGGUGAAGAAGCCUCAGAAAGCUUAAUGAAUCUAAGUCCAUUUGAUAUGAAGAAUCUCCUUCACCAUAUUCUCAGUGGGAAAGAAUUUGGAGUCGAAAGAAGCAUGCGUCCUCUUGAUUCUUCCACAUCAAGCCCGGCCAUAUCUAUUCAUGAAGUGGGCCAUACAGGAGCAACUAAAACAGAGAGAAGCGGCAUUACGAGGCUGAAGAGCGAGAUGAAGCAGUUCCACGAAAUAAGACUGAACUUUGUUUCCUGUGGAGAAGUCAGCUUCCCACUAGAGGGCACCAUUAACAUGCUGUCAUUGUACAAGAUUUCUUUAAGAGUCAAAAUAAAUUCAAAGUGGAAGAUCUGUGAGUGGCUCUCCCCUUAUUUAUUUAUUUUUAAAGAACAGCAGCUGUUGGGGCUGGAGGGGAGUCUUCUGAUUUUAACAGCAGCAACAUAGGAUAGGGCUGUCUAAACUUUUUCAUUGCACCUUCUUCCUGAUCUAAAGAUGUGAGUAAACCCUCAGCAGAAAAAAUGCAGUAUGAGUUGAAUUUGGCAUCCCCCUUCAGGUUUAUGGUUUCAACAUUCCUAUAGAAUGUACUGUGACAUUGCCAUUUUGUUUGAAUCAGGUUAUGCACCUAUAAUCUGUCUUGGGUACACAUGAUCAGAAAGUAGAAGUUUUCAGUAGGACAAUUUUAUCACUUUCUGUUUUAUUCCCAUAAUUUCCAUUACCAUGAGAAAUAACCAAAGGGAGAAAGUAGUGCUGUCUUUUUAAAAAGAGAGUGGCACUUUCUCCCAUUGAAGUCAUGUACUUAGAAGAGUGCAUCUCUGUGUAGGAUGGCAAGUGUUGGAAAGUGUGCAAAGGGGGAAUGGGAAACUUGGAAAGGUCUUCUGGGUUUGCAUCCUUGCAACCUGACAUUGGUACCAAAAUGGGAUCUGUAAAAUUAAAUAGAUUGGUAUAAAGCAUGAUUUUGAAACAUCAGUUUGUAUAUCAUAAGUUGUAUCUUGUAUAGUGUCCAGAAGCUUGAGGUGCUUCCACAAUUUUCCCUAAUUCGAACUGGAGUUCUGAAUUAACUGGGCUUUUGAUGAAGUGAAACCUAUUCAUUAGAUUCCCUCCAUUUUUAUUUCUGAAUUUUGAUCAGAGGGCAAUGCACGUUCAGCUUGCAGGAACUCUAAGUUCCUUCAUUUGUUUGGGUCACCUUCCCAAGUUAUCAGUGCACAUCUGUUAAUCUAAUGCACAGGAGUAUAUGUGCAGACUAAUAAAACACUGUAUCAAAGGGAAAAAACCUUGAUGCAACCAUACAUAUGUUCAUAGCAAAAUUACCUUUUUAUACUGUUUUAUCAAUGUAUCCUUGCAAGAGGUGGGGAAUGGGGAAAAUCAAAAGCUGCAGGAAGUUGCAGAAUUAAUUUAGAAAUUCUCCUAGUUGAAGUGGAAUUAAGGGGAUAUGGUAAAGGAACAGCAGCAGUAAAGGAGCAGAACGUGGAGAAUCCAUUCAGCCCUAGGAUAUAACCUAUUAUAUUCUGAUAGUUAAAGCUAAAAAUAAAGCAAUUCAGAAAAUGUUUUUCAUCAUGUUUGAAUGUUAUCUUAACCUUCUGCUUCUUAGCCUGUUCUGCAUUUUGAUCACCUGCAUGUUCUUGCUUUCUUAAAAUGGAAAUCACUAAGGUUAUGGUGCAUGUUGCAUGGGAAAUAGAAUCUGACAUUAGGCUAAAUGUGCUGCAUGUGUUAAAAAUUAUAUUUCCCUCAUUUGAUUGAAUUGGACCCUACCAGAGGAUGGAGGGGGCCCUUUCAACUCCCCUCCCAAUUAUCCAAGGGAUCACAGAACCCACACAACUUAGAAUGGGGAUUGAAGUGAGGAGGGGAUCUGGGAAAGGUUGCCCCUUCUACCUCUUGUGCCAGCAGAGAAUCUAACCCAUUGUUAUAAUUGCUUCCUGCUAUCUGAAAGCCAGUAAACAAAUUUUACAGAUUUGUAGAAAUGUCAAGGACAUUUUUCUUACAAAUACAGAUUGGGAAUGACUUUUCUAUCAAAAAAUUGUAUUCUGAUACAUGCAAACCAACUUAUUGAUAACCAGCAAACGGUAUAAAUUAAAUAUGGCAUCCCUGAUGCCAGCAAACUUGCAGAAUUGAGAGAGAAUUCAUAGCGGGAACCAUCCAAUGAAGGCUUCAGAACAUUUACAUUUUUUUAGUUUUGUUGUUCAUGUAUCUGUCAUUUCACUUGACUUUUCAGUU